AUGUCUUCUUCAUUGUGUCAAGGGUUUCAAUCUUGUCUUGAACAAGGUGUGAUGGAGCCACGUGUACUAACUCUCAAAUUGGCUCCACCAGGAUCAUCUUCUUUAGACCAAGAGAAACCUAUCAUCAUCAACAAUGAAUGUCACAAAAAUGACACAAAUUCUAGCUGGAGUUUCCUUCAAAAUCUUACUAAAACUGAAAAUGGAAACGACAAAGUUUAUGUUCAUCCUACUGUGAAACGUUCAGCUUCAAUGCUGAGUGAAAAAAGCUUAGAAAUGUGCACCGAAAGCCUCGGUAGUGAAACUGGUAGCAAUGCCGGUGAAAGUAGUGAUGAUCUUUCAUUGCUUUCUUAUGACGCAAGAAACGAUGUUUCCAACAGCAACAACAAUAACAGCAACAACAACAACGGCAGUAACAUGAACAACUAUGUGCCUAGAAGAGUUAAUAGAGCUAGUAAUUUUCCACCACCACUCACUUCUAUAACUGAUUUUGGUGGAGUUCAUGUUAGGCCUCACCGCGAAGGCGGUAGGUUGAUAUUAGAAGCUAUGGCUUCUCCUUCUAUUACUCCUUAUUUUCAUGCAGAACGUUGUGAUGGUAGGCUUAGGUUGAGUCUAGUUGAGACUGUUUAUGAUUAUGAUGGUGAUGAUGAAGAUUAUGAAGGAGAGGAAGUUGAAGAUCAAGAAGAAAAAGAGGGUGAAAGUGAAAAGGAGCAUGAAGUGUGUGAAGAAGAAGAGUGUGUUGAGAAGGUUGAAGAUGAAAUGGGUGUAACAAUGUUUGGAAGACCAAGAAGAUGCAAAGAAAGUGGGAAUAGAGAUUUUUUUGGUGAUGGCUACUUUGAGAUUUCAACUACUAUUUCUCUAUGUCUUUGA